CAUUAAGUUUUCAUCGCUAUUGUGCUUUUUAUAGGUUUUUUGUUAUUGUGCUAUUGCAAAAGACAAACAAAAGACAAAAUUAGUGUGCUAUUUUGCAAAUUUCAAUUAAAUGGUGAAUAACCAAUAAAAUCCUUUGUGCAUGUUUAUGAAGUAUACAACUCAUCCCAUUUCCUUUCGUAAAGGCUCAUGAUCCUUGGUUGAAGCAUAUAGAAGUAAAUACACGUGCUCAGAACGCAGUGCGGUACAUUUAUUUGUAAUCAAGUGACAUCAAAAACUUUAAUAAUGAGUGACUCGGAAUCUGAUAACGGAGACCAAGCUGGAAACAUUGAACAUUUCAAUGGACCAGUGGAGAAUGCUUGGUUGUUAAAAAUACCGGAAUUCAAACCAGAAGACAACCCGAACGGGAUGGUGGAAGAAAGUUCAUUCUCAUGUCUUUUUCCAAAAUAUCGUGAAAAAUACAUUAAAGAAUGUUGGCCGCUGGUUGAAAAAAGUCUCAGUGCACAUCAUAUAAAACCGGAACUUGACCUCAUAGUCGGAAACAUGACGGUUCGGACAACGAGAAAAACUUGGGACCCCUUCAUUAUUCUGAAAGCACGCGAUCUCAUCAAAUUAUUGUCUCGGUCUGUCCCGUACGAGCAGGCUGUUAAGGUGUUGGAUGACGAAAUUAGCUGCGACAUCAUUAAAAUAAAAAAUCUCGUUCGCAAUAAGGACAAGUUUGUGAAACGACGUAGCCGACUAAUAGGCCCUAAUGGUUGUACUCUGAAGUCGUUGGAGUUGUUAACGAAUUGCUACGUACUGGUGCAAGGAGCAACUGUGUCAGCUAUAGGGCCAUAUAAAGGUCUACAAUGUGUACGGAAAGUUGUCGAAGAAACGAUGAAGAAUAUUCACCCAAUAUACAACAUUAAAGCACUGAUGAUAAAAAAAGAGCUAAUGAAGGAUGACAAUUUGAGAGAGGAAAACUGGGAGCGAUUUUUACCUCGGUUCCAGUCAAAGAAUACAUCAAAACGCGCGAAACCGAAAAUGAUUAAAAAGAAGAAGGACUAUACGCCAUUUCCUCCGCCACUUCUGGAGAGUAAAAUCGACAAACAGUUGGCAUCCGGCGAAUACUUCCUGACCGAUGAACAGAAGCAAGCUAAAAAACAGGAAGAGCAGAUAGCUAAAGAAAAACGUGAUGCCAAUGUUCAAAAGAAGCGUCGCGAGCAGGCCUUCGUGGCGCCAAAAGAAUCUAGUGGUCGUGCAGACUUCUCAGUUGCUAGCUCCUUUCCCAACAAAAUUGAUGUGAAAUUACUGAAAGGAAAAAUUGCGAAAGCCAGCAAAAGAGCAGUCAACAAUAAAUAAUCAAGAAAUACAUUAUGAGAGAUUUAGAAAAGUAACAACAUAUUCAUCAUUUA